AUGGGUGUGGCCGGGUGUGUGGGUGAAACACGAAGGAGGACUGCGGCGGACGUUGGCGGCGGUUGUGGUUCCGGCGGAUGUUGGCGGCGGUUGUGGUUCCGGCGGAUGUUGGCGGCGGUUGUGGUUCCGGCGGAUGUUGGCGGCGACUGUGACUCCGGAGUCAGGAAAGUUUGGCGUGUUGCCACGGUUAAGAUGGCGGGCGUUGCUAGUACAAUUCUCAUGUGUAUCAGGAAUAACGACAAAACGACACAAGGUAUAGCACGGAAUGAUGACAAAACGACACAAGUUAUAGCACAGAAUGAUGACAAAACGACACAAGGUAUAGCACGGAAUGAUGACAAAACGACACAAGGUAUAGCACGGAAUGAUGACAAAACGACACAAGGUAUAGCACGGAAUGAUGACAAAACGACACAAGGUAUAGCACGGAAUGAUGACAAAACGACACAAGGUAUAGCACGGAAUGAUGACAAAACGACACAAGGUAUAGCACGGAAUGAUGACAAAACGACACAAGGUAUAGCACGGAAUGAUGACAAAACGACACAAGGUAUAGCACGGAAUGAUGACAAAACGACACAAGGUAUAGCACGGAAUGAUGACAAAACGACACAAGGUAUAGCACAGAAUGAUGACAAAACGACACAAGGUAUAGCACGGAAUGAUGACAAAACGACACAAGGUAUAGCAAGGAAUGAUGACAAAACGACACAAGGUAUAGCACGGAAUGACGACAAUAUGACACAAGGUAUAGGCUGGAAUGACGACAAUAUGACACAAGGUAUAGGCUGGAAUAACGACAAUAUGACACAAGGUAUAGGCUGGAAUAACGACAAUAUGACACAAGGUAUAGGCUGGAAUAACGACAAUAUGACACAAGGUAUAGGCUGGAGUAACGACAAUAUGACACAAGGUAUAGGCUGGAGUAACGACAAGAUGACACAAGGUAUAGGCUGGAAUAACGACAAGAUGACACAAGGUAUAGGCUGGAAUAACGACAAGAUGACACAAGGUAUAGGCUGGAAUAACGACAAUAUGACACAAGGUAUAGGCUGGAAUAACGACAGGAUGACACAAGCUAUAGGCUGGAAUAACGACAAGAUGACACAAGGUAUAGGCUGGAAUAACGACAAUAUGACACAAGGUAUAGGCUGGAAUAACGACAAUAUGACACAAGGUAUAGGCUGGAAUAACGACAAUAUGACACAAGGUAUAGGCUGGAAUAACGACAAUAUGACACAAGGUAUAGGCUGGAAUAACGACAAUAUGACACAAGGUAUAGGCUGUAAUAACGACAAGGUGACACAAGGUAUAGGCUGGAAUAACGACAAUAUGUCACAAGGUAUAGGCUGGAAUAACGACAAUAUGACACAAGGUAUAGGCUGGAAUAACGACAAUAUGACACAAGGUAUAGGCUGGAAUAACGACAAUAUGACACAGACACAAGGUAUAGGCUGGAAUAACGACAAGAUGACACAAGGUAUAGGCUGGAAUAACGACAAACCGUAUAAGAUGUAUGUGAAGUUAACGAUGCAAUGA